AUUGACGUGUAUUCUAACCUCAAAUUAAUUUUUGAAAAAUUAUCGUAAAUUGUAAACAGAUCUGGCUAUAUUUUAGAAAUUAUUUAAUAAAAAUAUUGAUGAAAGUAAUGAAAACAACAAAUUUUAACAAUGACUUUCUUGUUCGACAGUACAGUGGUUUUUUCUUCACAAGUUCUUUUCUUCGUUGGGGCAUGGAUAUUUUUCAUGAAAAAAUUGUUUAAAGAUUAUGAAGUGCGUCAUGUAAUGGUUCAACUUAUUUUUAGUAUUACUCUUACAUUGUCCUGUACAAUGUUUGAGCUUAUUAUAUUUGAAAUUUUAGAUUUCCUCGAUUCUAGUUCUAGAUACUUUUAUUGGUACUUGAUGCUUUAUUUAUUACUAUUUGUUGUGAUAGUACUGAAUCCUUUUUAUAUUGGAUACUAUUGUAUCAGCAAUAUUAGAUAUGUAAGGCCUGAUUACAUAAAACAUCUUACACUGCUUACAUGGUUGAUUUUCCUAGCUAUCUUUUGGAAAAUUGGUGAUCCUUUCCCUAUAAAUCAUCCAAAUCAAAACUUUUUUAGCAUAGAAUCAUUGGUUUCUAGAAUUGGUGUUAUAGGUGUAACAGUUAUGGCAUUAUUGUCUGGUUUUGGUGCUGUGAAUUAUCCCUACUCAUCUAUGAAAUACUUUAUGAGAGAUGUGUCUGAAGCUGAUGUUUUGAAUAUUGAAAAAAGACUGAUACAAACAAUGGAUAUGAUAGUGAUUAGGAAGAAGAGAAUAGCCAUAAUAAAAAAACAAUAUUCACAAGAAAAAGUUAAUUCGGCUAGUAAAAAAGGAUUGUGGGGAAUGCUGUAUUCUGUAACUGGAACAAGGGAGAAUGAGAAUAUAAAUCAAUUAAAAUUAGAGAUUGAUGGUUUAGAAGAAGUUAGUAGGCAACUUUUCCUAGAGGCUCACGAAAAUCGUAAUAUGUUGGAAAGAAUUGAAUGGUCAAAAACUUGGAAAGGCAUAUAUUUCAAUUUUCUGGGAUAUAUUUUUUCUGGAUACUGUCUCUGGAAAAUAUUUAUUUGUACAAUAAAUAUUGUAUUUGACAGGGUUGGUAAAAAAGAUCCUGUAACUAGAGGAAUCGAAAUUGCAGUUCAUUGGAUGGGUUUUGAUUUUGAUGUGAAUUUUUGGUCUCAGCAAAUUUCUUUUUAUCUCGUUGGAUGUAUUGUUGUUACAUCUAUAAGAGGAUUAUUACUCACGUUAACAAAAUUUUUCAAUAGAAUGUCUUCUAGUAAGAGCUCCAAUAUUAUAGUUUUAGUAUUGGCACAAAUAAUGGGAAUGUAUUUUGUCUCAUCUGUACUACUUUUGAGAAUGAAUAUGCCAGUACAAUACAGAAUUAUAAUUACACAAGUUUUAGGUGCUUUACAAUUCAACUUCUAUCAUAGAUGGUUUGAUGUAAUUUUCCUAGUGAGUGCUUUAGGAAGCAUAGUGACUUUAUAUUUAGCACAUAAGCCACCUGUUAAAGAUAAUAUGAUAUAAUUUUUAUUACUAAAUUUUAUUGUUUAUUUAUAAAUAUACCUAAUUAUGACUAUUUAUUUUAUAUGAAGAAUAAAAUAAUUUUAGUUUUAAUUAAUUAAAUU